CCAAACGGCGCUCUAAAUAAUUCCUGAGUGCGAAGCCAAACACAGGGAGGGAGGCGAUGGGACAGAUCCCGGCUCAAGCGAGAGGCUCCUGCGACAGCCGGGGGGGCUCAGAGACUCCCAACAACUCUGUUGCCCUCCCACCCUUCAUAAAGCUUUGAUGAGACAUUUGAGCCUCCUGCCUCCUCCUGUGUUUCUGGAGCUGCAGGAGGCGGCUGGAGGGACUGGACGGCCGGGAGACGAUGUGACUCUCCGGAGGGGAUCCGAGCGGACUUUGUGUGGACUGCGAGUUCCACCAAGUGAAAAGAGUGAUGACCAUCCUUUUCCUUACUAUGGUUAUUUCAUACUUCAGUUGCAUGAAAGCUGCCCCAAUGAAAGAAGUUAGCAUCAGAGGACAAGGCAGCUUUGCUUAUCCUGGUCUUCGGACACAGGGAACUCUGGAAAACCUAGGGGGGCCAAAUGAUGCCUCAAGAGGACUGACGUCUUUGGCAGACACUUUUGAACAUGUCAUAGAAGAGCUCUUGGAUGAGCAGCAGGACAUCCAGCCUGGCAAGGAGAAUAAAGACGCAGAUUUGUAUUCAUCUCGGGUUAUGCUUAGCAGUCAAGUGCCUUUGGAGCCUCCGCUACUCUUUCUGCUUGAGGAGUAUAAAAACUACUUGGAUGCUGCAAACAUGUCCAUGAGAGUUCGGCGUCACUCUGAUCCUGCUCGCCGUGGGGAGUUGAGUGUGUGUGACAGUACUAGUGAGUGGGUAACAGCGGCAGAAAAAAAGACUGCAGUGGACAUGUCGGGGGCAACGGUUACAGUUCUGGAAAAGGUCCCAGUACCCAAAGGCCAACUGAAGCAAUAUUUUUAUGAGACCAAAUGCAACUCCAAGGGUUACACGAAAGAAGGCUGCAGGGGCAUAGACAAGAGGUACUGGAAUUCCCAGUGCCGAACUACCCAAUCUUAUGUCCGAGCUCUCACUAUGGAUAAUAAAAAGAGAGUUGGAUGGCGAUUUAUAAGAAUAGACACUUCCUGUGUUUGUACAUUGACCAUAAAAAGGGGAAGAUAGUGGGCUCGUGUGGUAUAGAGUAUAUUGAGACAAAAUUUAUCUAUUUGUAUAUAUACAUAACAGGGUAAAUUAUUCAGUAAGGAAGAAAAUAAUUUUAUGGACUGCAUGUAUAAAUGAAGUUUAUACAGUACAGUGGUUCCGCAAUCUAUUUAUUGAACAUAUCCAUGACUUAACAGGGAGCAACAGAGAGAAAAAGCGAUCCAUUUGCGCACAAUUUUGAGAAAAAAAUUGCAUUACAUUCCUCUAACAUUGUGGUUUAUUGCCGUUGCCAAGAAUUGAAAACGUUAAAAAAGUUUAAAAAAAUAAAAUUGCAUGCUGCUUCAAUUGUGAAUUGAUGAUGAUAAACUGUCCUCUUUCAGAAAAAAAUUGAACCAAAACAUUCCGUUUACAUUUUAGACAGUAAGUAUCUUUAUUCCUGUUAGUAUUAUAUCUGUUUACUGCUUUUAAAUUCUUCUAGUAGCGUUGGAAUUAAAACAAUGUCAAGGUGCUGUUGUCAUAGUUUUACUGUUGGUUUUUUUAAAAAUUCCCACAUGAUUUUAAAAGGAGCGAGAACUCCCUGUCAUCACCAUAUAUGUUCUGGAUAAAACUAAUUUGGGUUUUUUUUGUAUGUUGUGAAGGUGUUUGCAAUAUCAAGUCAGACUACUGAAAAAAUAAUAAAAAAGAGGCAACU